UAAGCAGAAGCAGUCUGACCCAAACAGACUAUAUUAAUAUUUUUUAAUUAAUAUAUUGACUUCAAGAUGGAAAGGGGGAAACGAAAAAAUGAUAAAAAGACUUCGGUUGAAGAAAAGAAAAGCAAAUGCAAUGUCUGGAGUCAAGAUUUGUUUAAAAAUGGGGACGUUAGAGUUACUUUUGAUACAAAGCAUAAUCAAAAUUUUGUAGAUUAUUAUUCUAAACUCAAUGUAGUACCGCAAAAUGAAUGGGAAUCGUUUUACUCCAAAUUGAAAGAGCCGCUGCCUACCACAUUCCGUGUUGUUGACGGCACUAUCCACACAGCUUAUAUUUUGGAAAUUAUAGAGAAAACCCAAAAAGAAUGUCCCGGUGUAGUUAAACGAAUCCAGAGUUUUCCGGGUUAUGUGUUUCAAGUUAAUGUAUCUCGAUCCGAGUUGAGGUCUACAAAUUCUUUACGGACAUUUCAUCAAUUUUUAGUUCAUCAAUCGGAAAUCGGAACUAUAUUUCGCCAGGAGCUUGUCAGUAUGGUGCCCGUACUAUUCAUGCCUGUGUUUAAAAAUUCCAUUAUACUGGACAUGUGUGCAGCUCCGGGAUCUAAAACUGCACAACUUUUAGAAGCACUACAAAGAGAAGGAGGCGGAUUAAUUAUCGCGAAUGAUAGUUGCUCAAAAAGAGGCCACAUGUUGAUUCAUCGGUUAAGGCGCUUGGAUACAUCCUCAUUGUUUGUAACAAAUCACGAAGCCUCUGUUUUUCCGACUACUUACAAACUUGACGCGUUAGGAAACAAGAAAAAAAUUACUUUUUCCUCUGUUCUAUGUGAUGUACCUUGUUCUGGAGACGGGACCCUUAGAAAAUCUCCUAUGAUGUGGAGACAAUUUGACACACACAGAGGUCUUUCUCUCCACAGGAUGCAGAUAUGUAUUUUGCGUCGCGCUUUAGAGUUAUGCGAAAUUGGGGGUACAGUAGUUUACAGUACCUGUAGUUUUAAUCCAAUAGAAAAUGAGGCGGUCGUUAAUAGUGUUCUGGAAUUAGCGAUGGGAACCAUUUCCCUUAAUCGUUCAAUAGAGCGUUUAGAUAGUAUACCAUGCAAAUCGGGAUUAUUGAAAUGGGAAGUGUUCUAUAAAAAUAAUUGGUAUGAAAGAUUUGAAGAUGUACCAGAAGACAUUCGAUCCAAAGGGUUUAUUCUAGAAACGAUGUUUCCCGAUUAUCGUUUAGAUCGUAGCGACCUGAAAAAUUGCAUUCGUUUUUUUCCUCAUUUAUUCAAUACAGGCGGUUUUUUUGUUGCGGUGUUUCAUAAAUUGGACAAACUACGAUGGAAACAGAAAGAACCUAAAGGCCAACUUAAUAGUAGGACAAAUGAUUCGAAAUCCACAGAAACACACGAACAAGGCUUAGAGGAAAAAAAUAAACAGGAAAAAGAUAAAAAAAACGUUUUACUAUUAUCUGAAAUGGAUGUGUUUAGGGGACUAGAUAGUGAAUCUAACAAAGAUUUAAUCAAUAAGGAAAAGCUCCAGACUCAAGCAGACUUUUUGUCAUUUGAACAGUAUUUUAAUAACGAUGACAACUGUGAAAAAAAGAAUGAGUUUUGGAAAUCAUUGGGAGUAAGAUAUGGUUUUGCUAGCCCACCUUUUGACGUAUGGAGACGUCUGUUAGUGAGAACUUUAUCACAAGAGUCUCCCCGUAAGGUUUGGUUGACAACAAAAGAAGGUGCUGAUCUAAUUCAUGCCGUCUCCCAUUCUCCAUUAAAAAUUCUUUCAGCUGGAUGCCAAUUAUUUGACGGAAAGCACUCCCAGAAUUUUCGUAUAACAAGUUCAGGUGCUAGGAUUUUAGCAAAUGAAGAAUGGAAUACCGUCCAAAACGAAGCCCAUUUGAAGUCUCCCUUUGUGGCUAAUGUGACCGCUGAUUUAUUAUUGUUUUUAUUAAAAGAAAUUCCAACAAAUGAUUUAGUCGACGUAGAUAAUGAAAGAUGCGCUGACUUUAAAUUUCGUCAUAAAAUAGAGUCGUUUGAACUUGUUCAAGGACACGAGUCUGUUUCACACAUUCCGUUAGAUAAUCCGUGUCUUUUGGUAUUAGAAAUUUCUAUAAUUUCCAAAAAAAUUUAUAUUCCCGCUUGGAGGGGAAAGACAAAUAUCCAGUUAUUAAUCGAUUCAAGCACUCGUUCCGCCCUUUUCACAUUACUGUGUCACCAACUAGCAAAGUCUAGUGCUGAUUGUUAAUUUUAUUGUAAAACAGCAAGAAUAAAAAGUCUAUAUAAAACAUAUGUUUUUAUUAUGUCUUUCGUAUUCACUAAUUUUAUCUAUCGCUAUAAAUAUUUUUAGUUGUGUUUCUUUGUAUGAUAAUAUAAAGUAAACCUAUAGUUAAUUUUGUGAAAAAUGAUAGUAAACCUCUUUUGUAAUCUUACUUCAAUAAUUGUUUUAGUCUUAUAUAAAUUGAGAACAUAAAUAAAAUUUUCAACACUUCAU